CACCAUUGCUAACGCUGCCCUCAUCGAUGCCAGCUCAUCUCUUCAGAUGCGCAUUGCUCUGUUUGCUUGAUCUCUGGUUGAACCUGCCCUACACAGCUAGCCGCCACUUGAAAACCAGGCAGCUGCCCCACACAGCCCUGAAUUCUAGACCGACGUCACUAUUCCAGCGAGUCGCGCUCACUCCACCGAAUCAAGCUCAUUCGCACAAGCCGUCUGCUACACCAAACACCCACCAUAAGAAAGCGAUCCUCCCCACAGUCUUACCCCGCUACCAUCGUUACCCGUUCGCUCGUCGAUCGCUUGUUUCACAAACGCUCCACCCUCGCUUGACCACAGCGGCAUGGAGCACAACCAAACAGCCUCACGCUCCGCCCGCCGCUUCCUCGAGGACCGCGUCCGUGACGACUGGGAUUGGCCCAAACUCCCAGAGUGCUGGUCUGCGUCAGACGAAGAGGUGCGCGGCAUUACCUCUUUUCGCGAACGAUAUUAUGGCGAAUCGUCCCCGAGCGAGAGCGACGACGAUGCUGCUGCAGACCCUUACAAAUUCGACUCGCCCGACAGUAUCGGCGACGCGGUAGAGAGGAAAGCGCUAAAUCGCAAAAGGAAGAGGAGGGCCGCGCUGGAGGAAGAAAUGAAGGAGAAUGAGGGAUUGAGGAUGUGGGUCGAGAGGAGAGACGCAUGGACGGGCGCGGCAGCCGUGAUCAAGUACGGCACGAAACGGCCCGGGAACAGCUCAUCAACCGUAGAAGGCGGACUUCGGCAGACUGCGACAUCGACUGAAGACCACGCAUCGUCGUCCUCAGAACCGUCGACGCCCAUGGACGUCGACUCCGACGCCCCGUCACGCGACGGCGCCCGUCCCACAACCAUCGAGCCGCUCAUACCCGUCGCGCACUCGCUCCUCCCCGACAACCCCAUCCGCCGCUCCAUAACACCCAAAGCGUACUCGGACAUUUUCAACAAGAUCGUCAUGUCCUCGCGCACGCCCUCCGUCCCCAUAAACCUCGCAGACAUGACGCGGGCACUCGUACAAGGCUGGCAAGAAAACGGUGAGUGGCCUCCCAAGGCCGCGCCGUUGGAUCCGCUCGCGGGCAAGAAACGCGCAGCGAUUGCGAAUGUGAAAAUGGAGCAUGAGAAUAUGCAGUUCUUGGCGCAUCAUCCGCAUAUCCAGAAAGGCAUGGAGAGCGUGAAGAAGAUUCUCCAUUUGAAUGGGCAUCAUCACGAGCAUAGCAGCCAUCAUGAAGGCGGGCAUGGGAACGGGGAUAACGGAUGAGCAUGAGAUUCAUUGGCAGCCAUGAUUGCUAAUGCACGUAUGGGAGUACUGCAGGUUGCACUUCUGAGCGAGCGAUGGCGCCGGACGCGCUUGAAGUGAUUCUGCAGUGGAGUGAAGUGGAUCGCGCAGACUUCGCCCUGUCUAUCCUCCGGUCCUUGCGCAAUUCGUCCAUCGCACGGAUCGUUACGAAGCUGAACUACUAGGAAGAGGACAGCCUGCUAUUUGGG